AUGACAUCCAUUGCAGAGGGGCUUUUUAAGUCUUUACCAAAGCCGAAAUAUACCGGCGAGGAUGAGGAGGUGCCUCAACAUGCCCAGCCCCGUGGUCCGCGGAUCGUGGGCGCCGACCAGAUUGAUCAAACUCAGAUUGUUUUGAGGAAAACCGGUCCUCCCCCAUAUGGCAACCGUGCAGGAUGGCGACCUCGAGCACCUGAGGAUUUCGGCGACGGUGGCGCGUUCCCCGAGAUCCUGGUCGCACAGUAUCCCCUCGACAUGGGCCGCAAGGGUACUGCGUCGACAUCGAACGCGCUCGCGGUGCAGGUUGAUGCAGAAGGAAAAGUCAAGUACGACGCGAUCGCCCGCCGGGGUCACAGCGAAAACCGGAUCGUCCAUGCUUCCUUCAAGGAUCUGAUUCCGCUCCGGCAGCGGGUGGAUAUGGGAGAGAUUUCGCUAGACCGUCCAUCGGAGGAAGAGGUGGAGGCGCAGAUGGAGAAGACCAAGAAUGCGCUGGCGAGCUUGGUCGAGGGUGCUGUGGCGGCGCAGAAGCCGAAGAACGUCAAGGGUGGUCGGAGGGCAGAGCCUACGUUUGUCCGGUACACGCCUGCCAACCAGAUGGGUGAUACUACGCGGAAGAACGAUCGGAUCAUGAAGAUCGUCGAGAGACAACAGGAUCCCUUGGAGCCACCCAAGUUCAAGCACAAGAAGAUCCCCCGCGGCCCGCCCUCGCCACCUCCGCCCGUUAUGCAUUCUCCGCCUCGAAAGCUGACGGCAGAAGACCAGGAGGCCUGGCGGAUCCCACCUCCAGUGUCGAAUUGGAAAAAUCCCAAGGGUUACACAGUCCCACUGGACAAGCGUCUCGCUGCGGACGGACGGGGACUACAAGAUGUUACGAUCAACGACAAGUUCGCUCAGUUCGCCGAGGCCCUGUUUACUGCUGACCGACAUGCCCGUGAGGAAGUACGACUGCGCGCACAAAUGCAACAGAAGCUGGCGGAGAAGGAGAAGGCUCAGAAGGAGGAGCAUCUCCGCGCCCUGGCGCAGAAGGCCCGCGAGGAGCGAGCCACAAGCAGCCGUCGCGAUUCUCGUGCGCGGUCACACACGCGCAGUGUCAGCCGCAGUCCUUCCGCUUACUCACGGUCUGCCACGCCCAGCGAUGACGAAGCAGCCCGGGAGCGCGAGCGCAUUCGUCGCGAGCGCCGCCAGGACGCCGAGCGACAGCUGCGCCAGUCUCGCAUGGGCACGGAACGCCGGAUCCAGAUGAUGGCCCGCGAGCAGAACCGUGAUAUCUCGGAGAAGGUCGCUCUCGGGUUGGCCAAGCCCACCCAGACAUCCGAGUCCAUGUGGGACUCUCGGCUCUUCAACCAGACAAGUGGCAUGCAUGCCGGGUUCAACGAGGAUAAUCCCUACGACAAGCCGUUGUUUGCCGCGCAGGACGCGAUCAACAGCAUUUACCGGCCUCGCGCUCAGGUGGAUGUGGACGACGAGGAGGGAGCUGAAGGGGAGAUGAGCAAGAUUCAGAAAACCAAUCGCUUUGAAGUUCUGGGCAAGGCCAAAGAAGGUUUCCGGGGCGCAGCUGAGGCUGAGACCCGUGACGGUCCCGUUCAGUUUGAGAAAGAUACAACAGACCCCUUUGGCAUCGAUAGCAUGAUCGCCGACGUAACUGGGGGAGCAGGACAGAAGCGCUACGGGAUCCAGGAAGUUGAACGUGAGGAUCGGGGAUCGAAGCGCGCAAGAGUGGAUGAUUAA